AUGCGUAAUGACGUUGUUCUUUUCCUGCCCGAGAGGAUUCAAGAAAUACCAUACGGAACAAAAAGUGCAGCCAGAAAAGCCGGGGGAUGGGGAACUUCAGCUUCUUAUAAGAUAAAUGUGUCGUUUAUGGAAAUGAUGACCCUUGUACUUUCUCGGGAAACUUGGCGUUGCAGGGCAUAUGAUUCAGUGCAUGGAUGGGGAUUGGAUUUUUCUCUCAGAAGAUCUAUAGAGUUGAUUGUUCAUCAAGUAAUUCCUUCUGUUGGGAGCCAGAAUGAUUUGGUACAUGAAUGGGGAUUAGAUUUUCUCUCAGAUGAUCUGUAG